AGUCAAAACCGAAACGUCAACGAGGUGCGGUUUCUUGUCACUCCGAUAACAAAACAUUAGGAUUUUCCGGGGUGUUUUUCCCCCAAUUUUAGCAAAUCUUCAUUAAAAACCGUGUUUUAAAUUGCUAGUUUUAGUUAGGCCAAAAUGGACGGCAAAUUGCCCGCGUGCGUUAUCGAUGUGGGGACCGGAUAUACUAAACUGGGCUUCGCCGGUAACAAAGAACCCCAAUUUAUAAUACCGUCUUCGAUUGCCAUAAAGGAAUCUGCCAAAGUGGGUGAACAAAGCACUAGGAGGCUCGCCAGAGGGGUGGAAGACUUGGAUUUUUAUAUUGGGGACGAGGCCUUUAACGCAACUGGAUAUGCCGUAAAGUAUCCAGUCCGCCAUGGUCUUGUAGAAGAUUGGGAUCUGAUGGAACGUUUCCUAGAACAGUGCAUUUUUAAAUAUUUAAGAGCAGAGCCCGAGGAUCACCAUUUUCUUUUGACUGAGCCCCCUUUAAACACCCCAGAAAAUCGGGAAUAUACUGCAGAAAUUAUGUUUGAAAGUUUCAAUGUGCCUGGGCUGUAUAUUGCCGUUCAAGCUGUAUUAGCUUUGGCCGCCAGUUGGGCCAGCAGGAGUGUGGCCGAGAGAACAUUGACUGGUAUUGUUAUUGAUAGUGGAGAUGGGGUUACUCAUGUUAUACCAGUGGCAGAAGGUUAUGUUAUUGGGAGCUGUAUUAAGCACAUUCCUAUUGCAGGAAGGAAUAUCACUUAUUUUAUUCAGUCACUUUUAAGGGAGAGGGAGAUAGGUAUUCCUCCAGAGCAGUCCCUAGAAACUGCUAAAGCUAUUAAAGAGAAGUAUUGCUAUAUUUGUCCGGAUAUUGCCAAGGAGUUUUCUAAAUAUGAUGCAGAUCCUGGCAAAUGGAUGAAAAAGUAUGAUGGCAUGAACGCUGUUACAAAACAGCCAUUUUCAGUAGAUGUUGGUUAUGAAAGAUUUUUAGGUCCAGAAAUAUUCUUUCAUCCAGAGUUUUCAAACCCCGACUUCAAUAUUCCUAUUUCCCAAAUUGUUGACGAUGUCAUCCAGAAUUGUCCCAUUGACGUGCGUCGACCCCUGUACAAUAAUAUUGUCUUAUCCGGUGGUUCAACAAUGUUCAAAGACUUUGGCAGAAGACUGCAAAGGGAUAUUAAGAAAACCGUUGAUGCCAGGCUGAAACUCAGUGAAACUUUGGGAGGUGGAAGACUUAAGCCUAAACCGAUUGACGUACAAGUGGUUUCCCAUCACAUGCAAAGAUACGCGGUGUGGUUCGGUGGAAGUAUGCUCGCAUCGACACCUGAAUUUUACACGGUAUGCCACACGAAAGAGCAAUACGAGGAAUACGGACCGAGCAUUUGCAGGCACAACCCAGUAUUCGGUACUAUGACAUAGGUGGUACUGGUCGUAUAGAUUUUUAGGUUAAUUUUUUGUAUUAUUGAAUGAAGAGAGAGUUUUAUCAGUAAGUAAUAAAAAUAAACUCGCCUUGAAACCAUAAACACAA